GACGGAUGUGACGUUCGGAAAGCAGUGUUCUCAUUGGUUAUUCCUUUAUCGCUCAUCACGCGCGGUGGUGGGAAGUUCAUGGUAGUGGGAGCUUUAACAGACGUGGGAAUUUUCGGACUGGACAAUGAACUUUUAAUCUUUUAAACAGCAAGCAGAAACUCAUCAUUCAUUGAGGCGAAAGCACACACAUUUCUUCAGUUACUGUCGAACCAGCCCAUUUGAAAGAUUUGUACUGUGGAUUAAUUACUUGCAUAUUUUUAACAAAAAACGUGGACGAAAUGCCUGGAGGAAAACUAGCUUUGUUGAGUGUUUCUGACAAAACUCAUCUUCUACCAUUCGCUCAGAAGUUGGAUAAGCUUGGUUUCACACUAGUUGCAUCCGGUGGUACUGCCAAAUCACUCAGAGAUGCUGGUCUUGCACCGAAGGAUGUGUCCGAUAUUACAGGUGCACCGGAAAUGUUGGGAGGUCGAGUCAAGACUCUCCAUCCUGCUGUCCAUGCAGGUAUUUUAGCACGAUCGACUGCUGCUGAUUGCGCAGACUUGGACAAGCAAAAUUUCGAUUUUGUUCAAAUUGUAGUAUGCAAUUUAUAUCCUUUUGUAAACACGGUCAGCAAGCCCGGUGUCACUAUCGAAGAUGCCGUUGAGAACAUCGAUAUCGGGGGUGUUACUCUUUUACGGGCUGCUGCAAAGAAUCAUGCCAGGGUUACGGUAAUCUGUGACCCCAGUGAUUACGAAAAGGUCGUGGGUGAACUCGAAAUCUCUGCUGACAAAGAUACGUCGCUUGCCACUAGGCAAUCUUUGGCACUGAAAGCAUUUACUCACACAGCUGAGUACGACAACGCAAUAUCGGAUUAUUUCCGAAAGCAGUACAGUGGAGGUGUAUCUCAAUUGACACUUCGUUAUGGAAUGAAUCCUCAUCAGAAACCGGCGCAAAUAUUUACUACUUUGGAAAAGCUUCCUAUCACCGUGGUGAACGGUUCUCCGGGUUUUAUCAAUUUGUGCGAUGCGUUGAACGCUUAUCAAUUGGUGAAGGAACUGAAGAGUUCACUAGGUUUGUCGGCGGCGACCUCGUUCAAGCACGUGAGUCCUGCUGGAGCUGCUGUUGGAAUACCACUGGAUCAAGUUCAAGCAAAGCUUUGUCAAGUCGACGAUUUGAUCGAGCAAUUAACGCCACUGGCCUCAGCCUACGCACGUGCGCGCGGUGCUGAUCGCAUGUCGAGUUUCGGUGAUUUUGUCGCUCUCUCCGACGAAUGCGAUGCCAUUACCGCGAAAAUUAUUUCUCGCGAAGUUUCCGACGGCAUCAUCGCUCCCGGUUACACGGACGAAGCUCUGCAGCUCUUGAGAAAAAAGAAAAAUGGCUCUUACUGCGUUAUCCAAAUCGAUCCGAAUUACGAACCAACCCCGAUCGAGCGCAAAGUAUUGUUCGGCUUGACUCUUGAACAACAACGCAACAACGCUGUUAUCGAUAAAUCAACUUUUGCCAAUACUGUUACCAACAACAAACAAUUGUCCGAAGAAGCACUCAGAGAUCUCAUCGUCGCGACUAUAGCUGUCAAAUACACUCAGAGCAAUUCAGUCUGUUACGCCAAGGACGGACAGGUCAUUGGAAUUGGCGCAGGACAACAAUCUCGUAUUCAUUGCACGAGACUCGCUGGGGACAAAGCCGAUAAUUGGUGGCUCCGUCAACAUCCCAAAGUGACUGGAAUGAAAUUCAAGAAAGGUGUGAAACGUGCAGAAAUUGCAAACGCUAUAGAUAACUAUGUGAAUGGAUCUAUUGGAAAGGACAUGGACGAAGCAGCUUGGGCAGCUUUCUACGAAGUCGUUCCAGAUAAAUUAACGGAACAGGAAAGAAUUGAUUGGGCUAAAAAAUUGGACGGUGUUGCCGUGAGCAGUGACGCAUUCUUUCCUUUCAGGGACAAUGUCGACAGGGCUAGAUUGAGCGGAGCUCGUUACAUCGGAAGUCCAGCUGGUUCGACGAAUGAUCAAGCAGUAAUCGAUGCUUGCAACGAACACAACAUAAUUUUGGCUCACACCAAUGUGAGGUUGUUCCAUCACUGAGUCAACUGACGAAUUCCAUGAUUUACGAAUUUUUUAACAAUUGUGAACGCAAUAUUUACAUUGACUGUUAUACGAAUGUGGCAAAAUAUCUAUUUUUCAUACGACUCAUAUACUUAUCCACGAAGAAUCAAAAUAUUUUCGUACCGAGCAAUAAACAUUUUAUUACGUUUA